AUGCGCCUUGGAGAGCUGGCUGGAGUUGUCUUCCUUGGAGUCGGACUGUGGGCAUGGAGCGAAAAGGGGGUACUGUCUGACCUCACCAAAGUGACCCGGCUGCAUGGAAUCGACCCUGUGGUGCUGGUGCUGAUGGUGGGCGUGGUGAUGUUCACGCUGGGGUUCGCUGGCUGCGUGGGGGCCCUGCGGGAGAACAUCUGCCUGCUCAAGUUUUUCUGCGGUACCAUCGUGCUCAUCUUCUUCCUGGAGCUGGCCGUGGCCGUGCUGGCCUUCCUCUUCCAGGACUGGGUGAGGGACCGGUUCCGGGAGUUCUUCGAGAGCAACAUCAGAUCCUACCGGGACGACAUCGACCUGCAGAACCUCAUUGACUCCCUUCAGAAAGCCAACCAGUGCUGCGGGGCCUAUGGGCCUGAAGACUGGGACCUCAACGUCUACUUCAACUGCAGUGGUGCCAGCUACAGCCGUGAGAAGUGUGGGGUGCCCUUCUCCUGCUGUGUGCCGGACCCUGCGCAAAAAGUUGUGAACACACAGUGUGGAUAUGAUGUCAGGACCCAGCUGAAGAGCAAGUGGGACGAGUCCAUCUUCACCAAAGGCUGCAUCCAGGCGCUGGAGGGCUGGCUUCCGCGCAAUAUUUACAUCGUGGCCGGCGUCUUCAUCGCCAUCUCCCUGCUACAGAUUUUUGGCAUCUUCCUGGCGAAGACCUUGAUCUCGGACAUUGAGGCGGUGAAGGCAGGCCAUCACUUCUGAGGAACAAAGGUGAGCGAGCAGAGCUGAGCCACACCGUGGAGGCCAGAGCCCUUCACUGUUGUUAACUCGACAUCCUGAGGGAGAGAAGUGGACACACCCAGCCAGAGCCCGCACCCUGUCUUCGGCAUCAGCGUGACGUGACCUCUCUGUUUCUGUUUGCUGGUGCUGAAGACCGAGGGGCCCCCUCUGACCUGCACAGACUUGUGACGGAGACCCCCCCACCCGGGGUCUACUCAGAGACAGAGAACAUGUCUUUAAGCGGGGGUGGUGACUCUGAGGGACAGAAGGCUCCCGUGGCUGUGAAAAGGGCCUGAGUCGACUCUCCUGGAGACUUGGGGUGUCUGUAGGGCCACCCUGGCCUCUGCACUUGUGUCAUCGGCGCGGGCCCAGAGGGCAGCCACAUCUGCUGCGAGUGGGACUUGGGUGGGGGCCUGGCAGAUACAGACGAGGCUUCUCCCCGCAGCAGAAGGGUGCUGCCUAGAACUGGGGAGAGGGGAAGGGGCACAAGCGGACCAUGCCAGCGGAGCCUGUAAUGUCUGCACAAGUCGGGGGAUGUUUGCAGGGUCCUCAGCCAUGUCCGAGUAAGCCUGAGCCAUGCGUGGACCGGUGCCACGGAGUGCCUCCCCUGCUGCCCCUCCCAGGGCAAGAUCUGCCUCCAGUUUCAACAGCAUUGUGCCCAGAUGGCAUAGGGGGAGGGGGGCAUGUGCAGGGUUCUCCUCUGAGAGUCGGCCCUCCUUCUCUGAAAGUGUGUAAAUAGUUUAUUUAUAGGGAUAAGAAUGUUCUCACACCAUUUCUUCAUUUCCUCUGACAUUCCCUCCAAGCAGCCUUACACCGUGUCUGGGACUGAAGCCAUCCCUCUCAGUUCCCUCAAGUGUGUCAAGAACCAACCCCAUCAACUUCUCCUUUUCGUCCCUCACAUACCAGGUGCACACACACUCUCCCCCUUCCUCUGUGCACCCCCAGCUCACAUGCACCCACUCCUCUCCCCAGCUUGGCCUCGCUGUCUUCUGGUCUUGGUGCUACUGAAACCGUCACCCGGAACUUGAAUCCUGACCCCUGUCCCCCCACUGCAAGGCCAGGGAGCCCCAGCCAGAGAUGGCCAGCCCGGAACCUGUGACCAGGGCUCCUGUCGAGGCCACGUGCUAAGGGCCGCUGGCCGGCCUGGCAUUUGCCUCUCCCUGGAGAGCUGACCUGCGGCCGGGCCCCUGUGUCGAGCUGGAGACCCCCGCCUGCAGCUGUGGAGAAGCUCGGGAUGGUUUUUUUUUUUUUUUUUGCUGACUUUUGUGAUGACCCCCCUCCACUGUCCCCAAUCAGGAUACCUGUGGUGACCAUGUCCACCCUCCCUGGCAGGGCUAUCCUAGGGGGCUUGCUCUUGGAAAUGAAGUUUGUCUUAUGUACUGAAUGGUUCCCCCCCGUACUGUCCCCCCCCGCCCCGUCGCUGGGGAUGGCUGGGGCGUUUGUGCGUCUUUGGCUGGGCUCCUUUCUAAUGCUUCUCUGGAUCUUGUACCAGUUCUGUCCUCAUUGUUCAGGGAUUGAGUGCUACCUUCACUGACUUGCCGAAGCGUACAUGCUAGUGUGGAGUAUACUGGUGGGUGUUGUUGAUGCUGUUAUGAUUUUUGUUCUUUUGGUUGUUUUUUCCUUUAUAAUUUUCUCUGUAGACUAGAGGAAGAAGAAUGCUUGUGUUUUCAGGAAGUGUGAUGCUUUUCUUUGACUGCCAAACUCUUUUAUGGAAUAUAUCUUUAUAUUAA